AUGAAUUUUAUGACAAUCCUCUCAAUUUGUUAUGGCACUGCUACAGUACUUCUUAUGAUAAUUCUAAUAUUUUUACUAACAUUCCACAAAUUGUUUAUAUAUUCUUUCUACCGAAUAAUAGUGAUGGAUCUUAUUCUAAACAUAGCUUGUUGGUGCAACACAUGGCCUCAUCGGCUGGCAUAUAGUCAUGUGAUUCCACAAUUUUUAGUGUCGAUUUACGAGAGUUCAAAUGUUAUUCUGACAACUUCUCAGUUUCUUCAAUCGUUCUUUUUUCAUGUUCAGAGUUUGAGUACAAUUGUAAUUUGUACUCAUAGAUUGAGUGCUGCAAAAUUGGAAAAUGCAAAUAAAAUCUGGAAUCGAUAUUAUAUUUUGGUGUAUUUGGGAAUUUUAGUGUAUUCUUAUUUGGUUACAAAGUUGAUUCGGUUUCAGAAAAUUCAUUUUGACUAUGGAAUACAAAGAUUUCUGAUUGAGGAUCUGCCAGAGGAAGAUAAAAUGUUCAAUGGCUCGUACUUAUUUCUAUUUUUCACCAGUUAUGCCCUUAUCAUAAUGAUAAUGGGUGGAUUGACUCUUCAACAAGUCCGUGAACGUCUUGCCGACCAUGCUGAUCAUUAUAGACAGCUUCUUCAAAGACUCUCAAAAGUUGCAAUAUGCCAUACAAUAGUAUUCUCAUUGUACUUAUGUUGGCAAGUUACCAAUUCAUUCUUGUCAUAUUACACAUCGAUUCCAGUACUGAUGGUUGUGACUGAUGUAGUUACAUUCUCAAUGCCUUACAUACUACUAGUGUUUGAUUUAAACGUUCGAGUGGCGCUCAAAAAUGUAAUACCUAUUCAAAUUGUUCGUGGAAGUGUUGGAGAUUCCUCUCAAAACAAUCAAGUCUCGUGAAUA